UCUGAGUAGAAGAAGAACAUCUCCAUAGUUGAAAGUUUUGGCAGAAAACCGGCCUAGUUUAUUCUUUUCUAAAGGCCAGUUUAUACCCACAUUAUGAGUUACAAACCAUGGGACUUCAGAUGUGGAGUAUAGUUUUAUCUCAGAUGUAAGUGCCGGAGCUUUUAGAUGAGCUACUCAGGCAAACAGCUAUCGAACCAUUCUGUCUGAAGAACGUCGUCAAGCACUCGAAUAACCUGUCUCAGACUAUUUGUUCACCAUUGACAUGGUUGUAGCAACCAUGUACCGUUAAAAAUGUGGAGACUGAAAGAAGUAGGGCAUAAAGCCCGACCUCGAGACACUGGACUUGAUGACUUCAAACUCAAGAGACGAGAACAAGAAAAGUCACUGCGACAAGCUCGUAGAGACCAACAGCUGGUGAGCAGGCGUCUGCUACUCCAUGAAGAUGACGAUGAUGGCGAGGGGGCGAUGGAUACACGCACCAUCCCCUCUGGCGAACAGUUGGUAGAGCUGGUCCGUGGCUUGAAGACCGGUGGAGACAAGCGGAUGUCUCUCAGAGAGCUGAGGAGAGCACUUGGAGACCCUGAUGUACAGCUCAUGUUCGUCAAACUAGAGAACAGCAUGCAUGUGGUGGUGGGGCUGCUCUCUGGUUUAGACGACCAGUGUCGUGUGGAGGCAGGGAAGUGCCUGCACGCCCUCUCCCACUCCCCUCACCCCGAGAUCGGGAGAGCUUGCCUGCUGGCCACCCCGUAUCUCCUCACCUACCUCUCCGGACAGAGCGCCAGGUUUACGGAGCUGUGUCUGUAUACGCUGGGAAACCUUUGUCCAGAGAAUGAGGCUAUCCGGAAAAAGCUGUUGGCUCAAGGAAUCGUCCCCUCACUGGCCCAGUGCAUGCAGAAUCACAGUGGAACUCUGGCGGUUCUGGAAGCAGCUGCCUUCACACUCUCCCAGCUGCUGCAGGCCAAAGAUGUGGAGCAGAUCGUCCCGUUGGUUUUGACCUCUGGCAUGACCUCUCACCUCCUGGCCGGGCUGAGCUCAGAUCCAGAGUAUGGCAUUGGGGCCGCCAUCGAGUGCGCCUGGUGCCUGCACUACCUGGGCUGCAGUGAGAGCAGCUCAUCUGUGCUGGUCAGUCAGGGUGCUUUGGCCAGAUGCAGUACUGUGUUGGUGACGCUAGGGGGAGCUGUGACCCAUGGAGAAUCUCUUGAGGGCUUGGAACUACUCAUUUGGCCCCUGCUGCGUUGUGUGGGUAACCUGCUGGUUCACCGGGGUGUGUGUGAGGAGCUUGUGGAGGUGCGCGUGACAGACUGCCGUCUCCUGGCAGCGCUGUGUGUUUUCGCUCAGGGCUUCCUCCACACACACCCGGCCCUGGCCAGGGAGAGCCUCUGGGUCCUCAACAACCUCACCGCGGACUCUGCGGCGUGGUGCUCUGCUGUGGUGUGCAGCGGUCUAGUACCAGUGCUGAUUCAGCUCAUGCCCUUCUCACAGGGAAUCAACUCCAUGGUGCUGAGGACGCUGGGUAAUGUGGCAUACCAGGGCACUGCCUCGUCUCUGCAGCUGGCACAGGCGGGGCUCCUCCCUGCCCUCUGCGCCACACUCAAGAUGGCCGACACUGAGGUCGUCACGCUGAGCUUGGAGGUGCUCUAUUUACUGGUGGCCAGCAGUGCACAGGUGGCAGAGGAGUUUGUCCAGCUGAAGGGAGUUCCGGUGCUGGAAAUGAUGCUGUUCAAUAGUGAGGAACCCCUGCGUCUGAGAGCGUCCCAUAUCAUAGACCACCUAUUACCUCAGCCAGUGGUGGAUGGAUCAUAGGAUAUGCCGGCAAGAACGUCCAUCUCAAUUUUGUGAAAGAGCCUCAAUGUUAACAUAUUUAUACAUUUACAGUACUUCAUUCAGUGUCAAGUAAGACAUUUACACUUAUCAACUAAAUUACAGUGUAGGCCUACUUUUUUAACACCAAUCAUGAUUAAAAAUUAAUCUGUCUCAUGAAUUAUUUAUUUGUAACCAUGACCUUUGUCAAAGAAAAUAUAUUUAAUGCAUUUUGUAUGGAUGACCAGUUAUUUAAUGAUUCCAAGCAUUCAAUGUUAGACAGCAGCUGUUGAGAAAAUGAAUACUGUUAACUUGUGGAAAAUGUAAAGGUUUCUUGUUUGUAUGUAGUAUUUGUAAAUAAAUCAGUAUUUGGCUACA